CUUGUUUUCAUCCAUCAACCUACCAGUCAACCAUGGGCAAUGCCUGCAUCCUACCGAGCUCUAGAGGACCUACGAAACUUAUCUUCUGGGGUGGCAACAUCGCCUACUUGAAGGAGAAACAUCUCGCCGGAGAACUCCUUUUCCAAUAUCCGGAUCACUUAGUUUGUCAUGCAGACUCAUUCUUCAUUGGCCACCCUUUACCUGUUCUUUCCAUUUCCGAUGAGCUUCGUAGCCAUGAGACGUACUUCAUUAUACCUAUUGAUUGCUUCCGAUGCCAAACACUCACCGCUGCUUCGCUUGCAGUUCUUGCAUCAUCGAACAAAGGCUCUCCGAUUAACUUCAGCAAGUGCGUUUUUGAGUAUGUGAAAGGUGAGAAUGGAAGGAUGCUUAUUAAAGUUCCACCGGAGUUGUUGAUGAGAGUUUUCGUUGGUGAUAGUAGGAAAAGUGACACAGAUGAUUUUGAGAAUGAUUCUCUUUGUAGCACGCCGGAGCUGCGAAGACAUUAUGAGCAGCUCGUUGGUCCAAGAGAUCGGCCUUGGUCUCCGAAACUUGAGACUAUUUCUGAAUCUAAGAUUAGGUUUUCUCCUGUGAAGUUGUUAGGAUUGGAGAGGAAAUUGUAGAUUUUCUAAUGUAGGAACUUUUCUCAUUUAUAUAUAUAUAUGACUGUCGAUUGACCUGUUCAUUAACUCAUGUACGAUUCUUUGCAAUCUUAUAAUAUGUAAAUUAGUCUGGAAAUUAUUAUUGAUCAUUUGCAUCAAUA